GGUGGCUGGAGAGAGCCGGUAGGCAGCGCCCCGCGUGCAGGGCGCGCCUGGCGGCGCGGCCGCUCCUUCGCGAGGCUGCGCGGCGGGGCGGGCCGGGCCGGAGCAGCGCCCGGCAUGUCGCAAGGGCUCCUGGCCGCCGGCAGCGUCCUGCAGAGGAGCGUCGCGGCUCCGGGGAACCAGGCGCAGCCUCAGAGCCCUGAGGAUGAUGACAGGAAGGUCCGAAGGAGAGAAAAAAACCGAGUUGCUGCUCAGAGAAGUCGGAAGAAGCAGACCCAGAAGGCUGACAAACUCCACGAGGAAUACGAGUGCUUGGAGCAAGAAAACACAGUGCUGCGGAGGGAGAUUGGGAAGCUGACGGAGGAGCUGAAGCACCUGAGCGAGGCGCUGAAGGAGCAUGAGAAGAUGUGCCCGCUGCUGCUGUGCCCCAUGAACUUUGUGCCGGUGCCACGGCCGGACCCCGUGGCUGGCUGCCUGCCCCGGUGAAGCCCAAGGACGAUCCUCCUCUGCCCAGCAAGGAGCGUUGGUCUUUUUCACACCUGGGAGGAGGGUUCCCUCUGCAUCUGCAUACCUGGGGACCUGUGGCCAGGUCACCUCCUUGGACCUCCUGGCCAUGUCCCCAGCAGCCUGGGCUCGGCGUGAUGCUCCUGCAGGCCCCUGACUUAGAGUCUCCCGUGGAUCCAGGCAGGGAGACCACCUUCAGGAGUCCCUGCACAUCCACUUCGGCAGCUAGUAGGUUCUGCUGUUAUGCAGAAUCAUUUCCUUUAGAAUCUGAAUAAUAAAGAUGGUUAUCCUCUCUCC